UUUCAGUUGAGUUGGGUGAAAAAGAAAACAAGUAGACAAAUCAUGCAAUAGACAUGUAUAGAUACAUUGUAUGUAGCGGUCAGCCAGGUUCGAUCACCGGUGGUCAGUUAGCUCAGUUGGUAGAACACCUGACUAGAGAUUCAGGAGGCCAGGGUUCGAAUCCCGGUUUGGUCCGUUGCAUUUUCUCCCUUCCUGUUACAUUUGGUGCCGUUACCAGCCUCUGGAACUAACAGGUGAAAAUGACUGUCAGGGGAUAAAGAUCCUGGGUUGAUGUCUUCAGGUGUGAAGACAUUUAAGGAGAGAGGAAUGUCGCAGUCAGCCGGGUUCAAUUGCCGCUGGCCUGUUACAUGUAGCUCAGUUGGUAGAGCACCUGACUAGAGAUUCAGGGAUGGAGAUUCAGGGGGCCCGGGUUCGAAUCCCGGUCUGGUUCGUUGCAUUUUAUCCCUUCCUGUUACAGACUGACGAGUUGCAAAGGAGAAUAGAAGAAACGAAGUCCAUCUGACUUUGACAGAAUCUAUAAAUAAUAAUUAAUUCUUCAGAACUCCUCGCCGUCAAUAUGUACAAAGCGGAAUAACUCUUUGUGGAGGAAGCGUGACGUAUGAUUACCAAAACGAAAGUACUUCCCAACCUGACCUGGUGAAUUCAUAUCAUUAUCGGGUGCGGCCCGCGGAGGACAUGGAUUUCUUCAUGCGUGUUAUACACGGAAGUCUAAAGUGAGACAGAUGAUGGCCACGCCCAACCCCCAGGCACAGGAGGUCAUCACCUGUGACCUUUGUGUCAAGCCUACCCAGCAGUUCUGUAACAGUUGUCAAGUCAGUUUGUGUGUGGACUGUGUUAAUAAACAUGUGGACAAGCUCAAGUACCAACAACAUGACAUCGUUCAUUUCAAAGACAGAAAGAUACAACUUGUUUUUCCUGAGUGUGAAUUUCACUCCAGCCAGAGAUGUGAGGUUCACUGCCAGCAAUGUGAUGUUCCAGUUUGCCUGAAAUGUAUAGUUGGUCCCCAUAAUGGACACAAAGUCAAGGAUAUGCCAGAAAUAUUCAAUGAGAAAAAAAAGGAGCUUGAAAAGGAAACCAAAGAAAUUGAAUCCACCAUUAUUCCACAGUACAAGAAGAAAAAUGAAGAAACAGAAAGCAAACUAUCCAUUAUAAUGGCCGAAUUUGGUGAACUGGACAAAGAAAAAGAAAAGCACAGAAAAUUCUGGCACCAAGAAGUCGACACCAUUUUCAAUAAGCUUGGUUCUUUGAUGAAGUCAAUAAAAGAGAAUCUCCUGGCUGCUCUAAACUCUCACCAAUCCAAAAUCAAAAAUCAAAUUCCAGACAUGACCCAAACAGUUCAACAAAACAAAGAAAUUCUGAAGUCCAACAAUGUGUCUGCAGUCACUAACUACAAAUCCAAACUCCAGGAAUACAGGAACAUGCCUACUGAUAUUGAUGUCAAACUGCCAUCACUCAAAACCAACACAGUCCAAGGGAGAGAACUCAGCCUGGAAUUAGAGGACUACAAGGCUAGCCUGACACAGACAACACUGUCCAGUCUGACAGACGAAGUCUCCUAUUUAUCUUUACAAAAGCUGUUAAAGCAACCCAAAUCAAUUACAACCAUUCCUACUGGAGUUAAUCCUCUACUCCAUGUUGCCUGUGUGGGAGUGGAUGAAGCCUGGGUUAGUGGUAAAGAUAAAACCAUAACACGUGUUGACAUACACGGGUCUGUACGGGACACUGUCACCACGACAUGUGAAGAAUGGCCUAAUGACAUCACAGUGACCAGACAGGGAGAACUGGUGUACAGUGAUGUUCACAAUAGAACUGUGAACAUUGUCAGACACGGGAGAACAGAGACACUGAUAACCACACCACAGGGCUGGCAUCCAGGUCAACUAUGCUGUACUAAGUAUGGGGACAUCCUGGUCAGUAUGCUUACUACUGAUUAUAGCCAACGUAAAAUUGUCCGUUAUCAGGGACACACAGAGAAACAGGAAAUAGAUAGAGAUGAAGAUGGAGAACCAAUCUAUAAAGGAGGGAAAUACACACUGUUUGUGGUGGAGAACAACAAUGGAGACAUCUGUGCCUCUGAUAAUAAUGCUGACACCGUGGUCGUGGUGAACAAGUCAGGAAGAGUCCGAUUCCGAUACGACGGUACACCAGCCAAGAGGAAGAAGUCAUUUAAUCCUAGACAUAUAGUGACAGACUCCAUGAGUCAGAUCAUUGUGGCAGAUAUCAACAAUGCCUGUCUACACAUCCUGGAUCAGAACGGACAGUUCCUGAGAUGUGUGGACAAUUGUGGACUAGAUAAACCUCGCGGACUGAGUGUGGACAGUGAGGGGAGGUUGUGGGUAGGGUUAUAUCAAUCAGGAGAAGUGAAAGUGAUUCAGUACAUGAAAUAAACACAUGAUAUCACAUACAGACAUCAGAUAAUGACAGAGCUCACACAGUGCUCUUGAUGAUAUUUACACAACAAUGUUUACUCGACAUAGGAAAUGUAUUUAUUCAGAGUUGUUUUGUUGAACUUUGAUAUUUUAGACACAAGAGUAAGUUUUUUAUCUUCUAAUUUUAACCUUAGGUAUCAAUAUGCCAAGUGUAAUUUUUUACUCCGGAUAGGUAAACAAAUUCAUAUCGCUGCCAUCGGUCCAGGAAAAUGCAUGUACAUACAACAAAUGGUAUAUACUGUUAAAAUCUUAAUCACUUUGACAAAGUAAGUACUCAUUCUGAAGUACCAUACAAUAAACUGUUGGUGAAUUCGACCCAUGGAACCCCCACCCCCCCCACCCCCGUUUAAUGAAUCGUGGCGUGUUGUAAAACAUGGACUGGGUGGUAUAUGGAAGACCUGGGGACUGGACUAAUUGAUAGACAACUUUCCUGCCCUCCUUGUUAAAGAAAAAUAUUCAAAGUGGGCCCCAUGUCUUAUCAAAUGUUUUGUUUGUUGUUAAGGGAUGACUUUAAUUAUGGGGCAAGUUAUACGAGUAUAACCUAGUUUGGGUGAGUUUACGCCUUUUUAUAAUCCGCGAAUAACCUGGUUUGGGUCAGUUUAUGCUUUAUAAUCCGCGAAGCGGAUCAUAAAAAAGCGUAAACUGACCCAAACCAGGUUAUACUCGUAUAACUUGCCCCAGAAUUAAAGUCAUUCCUUAUAAUUUAAUGCAGGAGACAAAGAUACUAACCUUCGUUUAUCAAAAUGUACAUAAACUCUGAAAAAUACAAGUCAAUUGACCCGCGCAACAACGACGAAACGUCUAUAUGUUGCUAUAGAAGGUCGCCAUCUUAACUCGUUGUCAAUUGGUCUUAGUUCAACAGAGCCUAGCCUAUUUAUUAAAUUAUUGUAUCGAAGGUGAAGUUUGUCAUGACAGAAAAUAUGUGUAGACUAUCCAUGGCGUAUUUCGCUGCCCUUUAGAGAUCUACUUUGAAGUCGCUCAUCUCCGACAGAUUGAGAAAAUACGGGAAAUUGCAUUGUUUAGGCCUAGAUCUACCCAAAGUAAGUCUUCAUAUAUCAGAAAAUGCAAUAAUUUGCGGAUUUUAACUCUGUGAAAAUGUCUACUACAUGAAAACUUACCCUUGCAUGCAAAGUUGUCGCUAAUAGUAAAUCCAGCACUAGAAAACAUGUAAGCAAGUGACAAAUCGCGAUCCACAUGUCAAUGUGACUGACGUCAUGUGUUAAAAUAUGUUUUUUUGUUUGUUUUGUUGAAAGGCGGAUCAGCAAUGACUCUCCCCCCUUUCCCCAGUGAGAAAUGUAUUUGAAAAUGAACAGGACAAUUCUUACUUGGUAAAUCAUUAAUUUGAAUAUAAUAUCAUUAAUUGUUUUAAUCUAUUUUAAAAUUAUUCGAUCAUCAUACAGAGAAAGAUGAUUUACAACAGUGAUUAGGGUACAAGUAGAUGCUAAUUGACAACGAGAAAACAUGUGUAUCAAACCGAAGUAUCUUAUUGUACACGUUGACUUUCUAUUCCAUAGAAGGAUGAAAACUGUGCUGCGAUGUAAAUUUAGAGAGAGAAAAAAAAAAUAGUUCCGGCUUCUGAUUGUCAAGGGGGUGUGUCCCCAUACCAAACCAGGUUAUACAAAAAUAACCUGCGUUCCUCAAUUGGAAUUUGACCAAUCAGAGACAAGGAUACAAUAAGAAUUAAAUUAUUUUAGUUUCAA